CAGAAAGUAGAACCGGCUGGAUGUGGACGGAUACCGGAGCGGCUCCUACCUGCUCGCGCCGUCCGGUGAUUAAACACACCUGCGCGCGCGCUUCGGUUCUUUGGAACGGCGAAGGAAUCUCCGCGUGAGUUUUUAACGGUUGUCUUCUUUCCCGGGGAGGGAAAAUGUUGAAGUAAAACUUGAGAAGUUCGGUCCGAACCGAGCCCAACGACCAGGAUGUGAUUCGGGAGGAAGCGGGGACCCAGAGGAGCAGCUCACCGUUUUUUAAUCCGUUUUUGUGGGAAAUAUCGUGAAAAAGUGCACGUUUGUCCUCGGAGGAGCAGCGCGAGACUUCGAGGAGAGUCGGGUGAUUGAUGUCAUCGGAGACCAACAGAACUUGAACUUUGAGACACGAUGGAGCGCUGGUGGGUGUGGCCGCUGACGGUGGUCUCCAUGGCAACGGUUUACCUGAGCCCGUGCGGGAUCGCAGCGUUUUCCUCCGACACGCUGAUCAACAACGUGGUGAUGGACGACCGCACGGGCCGGCUGUACGUCGGCGCCGUCAACGGCCUCUACCAGCUGAACUCUGACCUGGGGCUGGAGGUGCGCGUUGAGACGGGCCCCAAGAAGGACAACCCACAGUGCACGCCGCCGGUCACCGACGCCUGCGAGAACUCCAAGGAAACCAACAACCACAACAAGCUGCUGCUGGUCUUCCAAGACCGGAACGAGCUGGUGGUCUGCGGCAGUCUCUUCAGGGGCAUCUGCUCGCUGAGGAACCUGAGCAACGUGGACAACGUGGAGUACUACAGCGACAACAACGGGGAGAAGUCGUACGUGGCGAGCUCCGAGCAGGGCGUGUCUGUGGUGGGAGUGAUGUCGUUCUUCCAGAAAGGAGGACAAAAACUCCCCGUGUUCCUGGUUGCUAAAGGCUACGGCAGCUACGACAGCACCAAGCUGAUCUCCACCCGCAUCCUCCAGGAGUACAACAAAGAGUGGGUGUAUUUCGACAGCAUCAUCGAGGCCUCCGCGGUCCAGGCAAACCCCUUCGUCCUGCGCUACCGUCACGACUUUCGCUUCGCCUUCAAAGACAACAACUUUGUCUACUUCCUGUUCUCCCGCACGCUCGGGCUGCCGGACAACAAGAACUUCACCUUCAUUGCCAGGAUGUGUGAGGACGAUCAGAGUUAUUACUCGUACACGGAGCUGCAGCUCAACUGUAGCGCCACCAACAAGUACAACAAGGUUCAGGCUGCUUUUGUUGGAGCCCCUGGUGCCGUUUUGGCCCUAAACCUGACCGCCUCGGGUCAGUACGGAACAGUUUCUGCGUCCGACAAGGUUCUGUUUGUGGCCUUCGCCUCAGAGGAGGAGACGUCGUCGGCUCUGUGUUCGUACCCUCUGAAGUCCAUCAACGAUCGGCUGGUGGAGGUCAUCGGAGCCUGUUACAGCCAAGCGGGCUCCAUCAACGGAAAGCCCGCGGUCUACUCGCCGUACUCGUCCAAGUCCGAGGACGUGUGCAACGGCAACAGCAACACCAACAGCGGUCAGAGCCCCAUGGUUGAUUUAUACAAAUGUGGAGCAGAGUUCCUGCCGUCGCCUUUAGCCAGCAAGGCUGCGUUCGCCUUAACAGCCGAGCCUUCGUGGUUCCGUAACGUUCACAUGACUGCGGUGGCUGUGGCCGUGGAGAUGGAGCACGCCGUGGCGUUUGUGGGCACCGCCAACGGAGAGGUGCUGAAGGUGCAUCUGUCGGCUCAGCCCGAGACGUACGGGCGCGCGUCGAGCGACGUCACCGGGGACAAGGUCAACAAGAACCUGCUGUUCGAUUCCAGCCUCCAACAUCUGUACAUCACCACGGAGAAAAAGAUCACCAAGGUUCCGGUCCAAACGUGUCACCUGAAGAAGGACUGCCACUCCUGCGUCUCCAUGAAGGACCCGUUCUGUGGCUGGUGUGUCCUGGAGGGAAAGUGCAGCAGGAAGCAGGACUGCAGCAGGUCUGAGGAGGCCAACACGUGGCUGUGGUCGCCCCACCAGCAGUGUCUUCGGAUCCAAACCUUCCAGCCGCCGAACCUCAGCUGUGAGAAGAGGCACCAGGUUGAAAUCAACAUCCCGAGCCUCCCCAGGCUCAUGAAGCACGACGAGCUGCUGUGUUCCUUCGACUGCGUCCGGCAAGGCCAGAUUUUUAAUUUCACCACCAGCGCCACGGCGGUCAAGGACAAUCCGGUUCAGGUGGUGUGCUCGCUCCCCGACCCCGAGAUCAUCCCGCCCACGCCUGCUCAGCAAGAUUACGUGUCCGUCCCAGUUCGGGUUCUGGUGAACGGAACCAUCGUGCUGACAUCAGGGGAGUACCAGUUCUACAACUGUGCUGCUGCCGUCAGGAGGAACGAAAACACACCGUGCAUUUCCUGUGUGAACAGUCGUUGGGGCUGUCAGUGGGACGCUCAGGAUCACGUCUGCAGCGACGUGAACGAUGCUGCGGCGGGAGAACAUGUAAUCAAACCUCAGCAGCCCGAGAACUGUCCUCAGUUUGGGUCUCCGGAGCCGCAGCUGAUCCCAGUUGGCGUCAGGAUCCCCAUCAGGUUCCAGGGACAGAACCUGGAGAUCUACAAGGGCCAGAGGUUCUCCAUCGGGACGGAUCUGAUGAAGUCGACGGAGAAGGAGGUGACGCAGGUGGACGCUUCCGAGUUCGAGUUCCCCGGCUUUGAGUUUCCUCAUGACAAGCAGCAGGAGCUGAACGUGUCCUUCCACGUCAAAGACCGAGGCACCGAGAGGAAGAUCGACAGCACCCUGACAGUCGUGCUGUACAGCUGCUCAGUGGGGAGGGAGGACUGCAGUCUGUGCAAACACGCCGACGCCAAGUACAGCUGCGUGUGGUGCGCCGCGUCGCAGACCUGCGUUUACCAGAACCUCUGCACGCCGCAGGACUCGGCCCCGUGCCCGGACCCCAGGAUCACUGACAUCAUCCCUCACUUUGGUCCUCUGAACGGUCGGAUCUCCGUGACCAUCAAAGGCUCCAACAUGGGAAUAAAAAAGGAAGACGUGAAAAGGAUCACGGUGGCAGGAGUGGACUGUGUCCACCUGCCGGACAGAUACUCCGUCUCCACCAGCGUGGUGUGCGAGAUCGGCCCGAAGCGGACGCCGCCUCAUGACCUCCCUCCUGAACAGACCGACCACGGACCGGUGGAGGUGGAGGUGGAAGGAGGAAGAAGAGGAACGUCUCGGGUUAUCUUCACUUAUCGGGAUCCAAACCCAAAGGAGGUCCAUCCAGCGAAGGGUCCAGCAGCUGGAGGAACCGACAUCACCAUCGAAGGGGAACAUCUGGACACGGCGACGAUGGAUGAUGUCGCCGUCUCUGUCGGGAACGUUCCCUGUGAAGUCUUGUCGUUUGGUAAAACCAUCACCUGCAAGACCGGCAAAUAUCGUGGCCAGAAAGUUCCCUCGGACCCGCUAACGGUGACGGUGAAGUACGGAAAAAACACCACCAAGGAUGUCCCAGCAGCGUUCCAGUACGCAGAAAACCCCAAAAUCACAAAUUUUGACCCCAAAUCGAGCUUCGUUUGCGGCGGUCGAAGGGUCAGGGUGAGAGGAAUCGGGUUUGAUCUCAUCCAGACGGCCAAGAUGAAAGUCCUGCUGACGGACGACUCCGUCAACACAACCCCUGUGGAGUUUUUCGAGGAUGCCCUCAGUAAGAACGACACCGUCAUCGAGUUUUACUCCCCGAAGGUGAGCUGCUGCGAGGACGGUCAGUCCCUGAGGACGGUCGUGCAGCUGGACAACAUGGAGGAGGACCUGAAGGGCUUCGAGUAUCAUCCCGUCCCCUCCUUCGACAAGCUCUCCAAGAACGUCAUCACAGAUACGAGCGUCAUCAUCGUGAAUGGCCGAGGCUUCUCCAAGGCGAUGACGGCGAAAGAGGCGGAGGCGUUCGUGGGCGACGCCCGUUGCAACGUGAACAUCCUGCAGGACGAUAAACUGAUCCUGGACGCUCCGUCAUCCCAACCCACGUCGAAACAUCUCCGCCGAGACUCGACCAACGGCUCUCUGGAGCUCACGGUGAAGUUCGGUUACGGCAGGUGGGUCGUGGAUUCUGUGUACUACCCCGAUGUUGACCGCAUCCCUCUGGCCAUCAUCAUCCCCGCCGUGAUCGUGCCGAUGCUGCUCUUCAUCGCCGUGUCCGUCUACUGCUACAGGAGGAAGAGUCAGCAGGCGGAGCGGGAGUACGAGAAGGUGAAGCAUCAGCUGGAGAGUCUGGAGGAGAGCGUCAGAGAUCGCUGCAAGAAGGAGUUCACAGAUCUGAUGAUAGAAAUGGAGGACCACACCAGCGAUCUGAGCGAAGGCCGGAUCCCCUUCCUGGACUACAAAACCUACACCGACAGGAACUUCUUCCUGCCGUCCAAAGAGGGCGCCAACGACCCCAUGAUCACCGGAAGGAUCCAGAUCACCGAGGGCCGGCGGGCCAACGUGGCUCAGGCCCUGAACCAGUUCUCCAACCUGCUGAACAGCAAGACGUUCCUCAUCAACUUCAUCCGCACGUUGGAGGGUCGCUCCGACUUCAACGCCCGGUCCCGCGGGUAUUUCGCCUCCCUGCUGACGGUGGCGCUGCACGGCAAGCUGGAGUACUACACGGACAUCAUGAGGACGCUGCUGCUGGAGCUGAUGAACGAGCACGUGCAGAGCAAAAACCCCAAACUGAUGCUGAGGAGGUCAGAGACGGUGGUGGAGAGGAUGCUGUGCAACUGGAUGUCCAUCUGCUUGUACCAGUUCCUGCGGGACACGGCUGGAGAACCUUUAUACAAACUCUUCAAGGCCUUGAAGCACCAGGUGGAGAAGGGCCCGGUGGACGCCAAGCUGAAGAAAGCCAAGUACACGCUGAACGACACGGGGCUGCUGGGAGACGAUGUGGAGUACUCCGUGCUGACUCUGCAGGUUCUGGUCCACGGGGAGGGACCCGACGUCACUCCGGUUAAAGUGUUGAACUGCGACACCAUCACCCAGGUGAAGGAGAAGAUCAUCGACCAGGUCUACCGGAACCUGCCGUACUCUCAGAGACCCAAAGUGGAGAACGUCGCACUCGAGUGGCGACCCGGCUCCACGGGUCAGAUCCUGUCCGACCUGGACCUCACCACACAGAAAGAAGGACGCUGGAGGAGACUCAACACACUGGCUCAUUACAACGUUCGGGACAACGCCACGUUGGUUCUGUCCAGAGUUCUGCACGCGCAGUCGUUCCACCAGCACCAGGACAGCCACGAUGAGAAGAACGCGCUCCUGGAGGACGACAACACCUUCCACCUGGUGAGGCCGACGGACGAGCUCGACGAGGUGAAGUCCAAGCGAGGCAGCAUGAAGGACAAGGCCAUGACCAAAGCCAUCACGGAGAUCUACCUGACGCGCCUGCUGUCCGUCAAGGGCACGUUGCAGCAGUUCGUGGACGAUUUCUUCCGCAGCGUCCUGUGCUCGAGCUCCGUCGUCCCGCCCGCCGUCAAAUACUUCUUCGACUUCUUGGACGAGCAGGCGCAGAGGCACGACAACGUGGACGAGGAGACGCUGCACAUCUGGAAGACCAACAGCUUGCCGAUGCGGUUUUGGGUGAACAUCCUUAGAAAUCCUCACUUCAUCUUCGACGUCCACGUGACCGAGGUGGUGGACGCGUCGCUGCACGUCAUCGCUCAGACCUUCAUGGACGCCUGCACCAAGACGGAGCACAAACUCAGCAGGGAGUCUCCGAGCAACAAGCUGCUCUACGCAAAAGAGAUUUCCACGUAUAAGAAGAUGGUUGACGAUUACUACACGGGCAUCAGCCAGAUGGUUCCAGUCAGUGACCAGGACAUGAACACACACCUGGCCGAGGUGUCCCGGCAACACACGGAGAAGCUGAACACCCAGGUGGCCUUGCAUCAGCUGUACCAGUACGCCAGCAAGUACUUCGAUGCCAUCAUCCAGUCGCUGGACGAAGACCCGGCCGCUCAGAACAAACAGCUCACGGUCCGCCUCCAGCAGGUCGCCGCCGCCCUGGAGCACAAAACCACCGACCUUUGACCCCGUGAGGACGGAGGGGGCGGGGCUUUCAAUUUUUUUUUUUUCUACGCAAGGACUCAAAGGAAGACGAGCGGCUGAAGCUUUCUGAAUGUUUAAUCGUUUAAGGACUAAAGAACACG